AAUCAGAUAAACCUUAAAAGUAAUAUGGAAAUGGUCAUGCAUUGCAACACAUUUCUUCUCACUUUUCGUGUGUUGUCCAUUUUCUCUGCUGCUAAAGAAACUCUUAAGUCUCUUAAAAGUCCUCCUCGCUACUCCUAACAAUUUUGGACCUUAAGAGCUCUUUUAAUGGUUAAAAUGCUUUAUGAAUGACUUUUUUCUUUACUAGGAUCUUUUCUGUAAUUUUAAGGGGAAACGCCCACAUUUCUAAGAAUUUUCUUAGAAUUUUGUCACUAGGAGCAACUCUUUGCGCUAAGAUUUUUCAUAAAUACGGGCCCUGAUAUUUAUUUAAUAUAUUGGGAAAAGUAUGGGGUGCAUGAAGUAUUAAAUAUUAGGCAGGAAUAUUUAACUGUUAUUGUAAAAUGUUUUCCCACAAAAUGUUAUUGUUAAUAAAGCUCAAACUCUUAAUAACUUAUAAACCACUGAAUUGAUAUACAGCAGCACAUUGUUCUACCUGUUGAUUUAAAAUUUCUCUAUCCAGAUAUGAGACUUUUCAACAUAUGGUAAUUACAACCUUUUCUCAGGAGCUGUGAAUUGUCAACUAGAAAAUUCUACAGUAAAGUAGACGCUCUGCUGGCACAGGUGAGGGUGGUGCUAAGCAACUCAUAUCCUAUCAGUGACAGGAAUAUCUUCAGAGAUGUUUGGCUCUAAGCGCUCACGCUGUCAGGAUAGGCCCCAUGACCCUCUCCAUAAAACAACGGGUUCAUUCUUUGCUCUGCUGUUGACCUCAUUGUCUCUUUGUGGAGUGAAAAUCCAGAGUUGCAUUCUACUCAAUGGUCUGGUGUUAGACAGCUGCCGGUGUGUAGCAUCUCUGUGAUGGAGGUCAGUGAAUGAGAAGCUGCUGUCAGGAGAUCACUGGAUGCCAGAAAGGUAAACAUGAAUCUCAGUAGGGAUGGAGUGGCAGUGAUUGAGAAUCCAGUAGCGGUUAGACAAUCUUUUCAUGCACAGCAGCUGCAGGUGGAUUAUGCAGGUCAGAAUAAUCCCACCUGGAGCAGAGAACUUCAGUUUCUUCACCAAGUGUCUGGCAAACUAUUGCGAGUAUUAGCAGCUCUGUGUGUACUCUGUCUGCUGGGAGGAGUUGUGGUUGGUGUUUGGUUCAUAGUGAAAGUUCUCCUAAGACCCAACUCAGAUCAGAGCCCUGCAAGUUUAGGAGACACCAAAGAUACCUCCUUCUGCAAUUUAACGGAGGACAUCUCUGUGACAGACCACAGGAAAGUGUUUUACAGGAUCAGUGGUGAGAACUCUCUUCUGGAGAUCCAGCUGGAGAAGCUACAGACGUGGCUGCCCGUGUGUUUCGAGAGGUGGAACUCAUCUCUGGGAACGCUCGUGUGUCGACAGCUGGGCUAUCUGAGAUUAUCAAAGCACAAAGGAGUUAACCUGACUGACAUUGGGCCAAACUACACAGAUGGGUUUGUCCAAAUUACCUCUGAACACCAAAGCAACUUGGAGAGAUUAUGGCGUUUCAGGGGGAGCUGUAGUACAGGAAAGGUUAUAGCUCUGAAAUGUUUUGAAUGUGGCACCAGAGCAAAAUUAUCCAGGAUUAUUGGAGGAGUGGAAGCCACAUUAGGCAGGUGGCCCUGGCAGGUGAGUCUCUACUACAGUAACCGUCACACCUGUGGAGGAUCCAUCAUCACCAGCCAGUGGAUAGUUACAGCUGCUCAUUGUGUACACAAUUACAGGCUACCUCAGGUGUCCAGUUGGGUGGUUUAUGCUGGCCUUGUCACCCGCAAUUCAGCUAAUCUGGCUCAAUAUCAAAGCUACAUUGUGGAGAGGAUCAUCUACAACAAGAAUUACAAUCACAGGACUCAUGACAACGAUAUCGCUCUGGUCAAGUUAAAAACUUCUUUGAAUUUCUCAGACACCAUCAGGCCCGUGUGUUUACCACAGUAUGACCAUGAUUUCCCUGGAGGGACCCAAUGCUGGAUCUCUGGUUGGGGAUAUACACAGCCCGACGAUGUUCACAUACCAGAGGUCCUCAAAGAAGCACCCAUACCAUUGAUCAGCACAAAGAAAUGCAACAGCUCUUGUAUGUACAAUGGCGAGAUCACCCCUCGGAUGCUCUGUGCAGGAUACACCGAAGGGAAAGUGGAUGCGUGCCAGGGGGACAGUGGAGGUCCUCUGGUUUGCCAGGAUGAGAACGUCUGGAGGCUGGUUGGUGUUGUUAGCUGGGGAACAGGCUGUGCUGAGCCAAACCAUCCAGGUGUUUACACCAAAGUGGCUGAGUUUUUAGAGUGGAUUUAUGAUAUUAUAGAGGUUGGUAGUUGAAGAGGUAGAUUUCAUUCAUGACCGUUGAAAACUAAUGUCAGCUGAUAAUUUAUCGACAGUUGGCUCGUUCUCGUUCGUGGUUCUACUUGUUUAACACUGAACUGACUUUGUACUUUUACAUCUUGUUUUGCUUCCUGUUCCAGAGCUAGUAAAGACUGAUGUAAUCCAACAAAAAGAGAAGAAAUCUCCUGACCUCUUCUUGCUAAAAUAUCCUGAAUAUUUCUUAAAUGUGGUAUUUUAUGUAAGGUUUAGAUGUA